AUUUUGUUUGAAGGGAAGGAGAAAGAAAAAAGUUUGCAAUGAGAUAAAGAAUAAUCUUCUUUUUACUCGCUCUGAAAUACAAAGGCACGAGGAUCAUCUACAAAAUCCAUGAUGUGAAACAUGGGGCCUACAUAUUUGUACCGUCUCAAUGGGCACUAAGUUGAGUUUAGUUUCCAAUUUUCCAUAACACAGUCAAAAAAAAACCUCGUUCACAUUCACUACACUUAACGGUCUAACACUAGUCUGAGUCUCUCUCACUCACCUCCUCCAGUACUGUGUAAGUUCCCUGCUGUUCUAAAACUAAGCGCACGCCUGUUUUGUUCCUUCACUCACUUAUCUCGAAUCCCCCUCUCUUUAUUUUGUUCCUUCAUCUCGACCAUGGAGGUGUGGGGCCACUCCUUUUUGUUGAUGGGUUUACUUGCAUUUCUUGGAAUGCAGCUUCAUUUGGCAAUGGCAGAGUGCCCCUUAGAUUUGAGCAGAUCAAACUUCACUUUAGUGGCCUCUAUGUGCUCUAAUAAAGAUGACAGAGGGAAGUGUUGCCGCUAUAUCAAUGCUUAUGUUGCAGUCUCCAUUGCUCGCUAUGCAAAUGCAACUAGCAACCUAGGGGUUACUUCAAAUUUAUCGGACAUCUGCCUCCAUUCCAUAUCACAAACAAUGGAUUUGCAUGGUGUUUCACGAAAUGCUACAGUUUUCUGUGGGUUUGGGACAAAAAUUCCUGUCAGUUAUGACUGUAGGGGUCGAACAACGGUCAUGCAGAUGCUGCAGUCUCCAAAAUUUAUGGAUGUCACAGAAAAUUGCAAACUGCCUCUUUCAAAGGAAAGUGAUUGUAGGAAGUGUUUAAAUGCUGGCAUUGUAUACCUCCAUCAUUUGGUAGGAGUAGAAGAUAACAUGACUUUGAGUACUUGCCGUGAUGCAACUUUUGCUGUACUUGCAAGCCAACUUGACUAUGGUUCAGCCGUUGACCUUGCAAGCUGCUUCUUUCAAGUUCAAGGGCUUGACAUUCCUUCAGAAUCUUCUCCAUCUUCGCUGGCCCCUGAGGCUUCUCCAAGUCCAUUGAUUGCUGCUAGCCCAAGCCAACUCACGUUGGGUGUACCUCAAAAUGGACAAAAUGGAAAUCACCAUUCCUAUCACCUGACCUUAAUUCCUACCAUUGGCAUUGCAGUUACAGCAGGUGCUGUCAUGAUGUUAAUAGUCUUGAUAGUUCUUAUUCGUAGGAAAAGCAGAGAGCUAGAGUAUUCUGAGAAUACAGAUAAGACCUCUAUGAAAUCUUUCCCUCCUCCUCGGUCUAUGCGAAAAUUUCAGGAAGGUUCUUCAUCAAUGUUCCGAAAAUUUGGCUACAAGGAGACAAAGAAAGCAACUGAUAAUUUUAACACUGUAAUUGGACAAGGGGGCUUUGGAACUGUCUACAAAGCUCAAUUUAGUGAUGGUUCACUUUUGGCGGUGAAGCGGAUGAACAAAGUUUCAGAGCAAGGGGAGGAUGAAUUCUGCAGAGAGUUAGAGCUUCUUGCUAGAUUGCAUCAUCGUCAUCUAGUAGCUCUGAGAGGCUUUUGCAUUAAAAAAUGCGAGAGGUUACUCAUGUAUGAGUAUAUGGCAAAUGGAAGCUUAAAGGAUCAUCUUCAUUCACCAGGAAGAGCACCUCUGAGUUGGCAGACAAGAAUCCAAAUUGCUAUUGAUGUGGCUAAUGCUCUGGAGUACCUCCAUUUUUAUUGUGAUCCACCUUUAUGCCACAGAGAUAUUAAGUCGAGCAACAUUUUACUGGAUGAGAAUUUUGUUGCAAAGAUUGCAGAUUUUGGCCUUGUACAUGCUUCGAAAGAUGGUUCUGUUUGCUUUGAACCGGUAAACACUGAUAUUCGGGGAACUCCAGGUUAUAUGGAUCCUGAAUAUGUGGUCACUCAAGAGCUCACUGAGAAAAGUGAUGUAUAUAGCUAUGGUGUGCUACUGUUGGAGAUUGUGACUGCAAGACGAGCAAUACAAGAUGGCAAGAAUUUGGUAGAGUCAACCCAAAUGUUGAUGGCUUCAGAAUCUAGAUUAUCCGAGCUAGUGGAUCCCCGUAUAAAGGACUCCUUUGACUUAGAACAGCUUCAGACAGUUGUGACAAUUGUGAGAUGGUGCACUCAGAGAGAAGGACAGACCAGGCCUUCAAUCAAACAGGUCCUUAGAAUAUUGUAUGAGAGUUCUGACCCAAUGCAUAGUGGUUUUGUCCAAGCUGUGGAAGAUGAAGAAUAUGAAGAAACUGAUGGGAGGCCAAGGACAAGUAAAGGGAAAAUGCAUAGGAGUGACCCAAUUUUUCAUAGUGGGGAUGGAAGAUAUCUUGCUUCUUCGUCAAGUACAUCAAGGUCAUAUUGUAGUCGAAGUUUUUUACUUGAAACUGGCUCUCCCCAGUCUCCUCCCAAUUUGCUCUCUCUUUGAAGUCAGCCUCUUUUUUUUGGCUUCCGCUACUGAUCACGAGUAGAAAGCCUGUAGCCGAACGCCAUAACGAGAAGCUAUGGAUCAUGUGGCUGGUAUCGGUUUAUCAUCUUUUUGGAGUAAAAGCUUUCAUAUUAUAGAGCACUUCAAUGAUUCCGAGGGUGUUACUUUGAAAAGGAAAAAGAAAUUGUAAGAUUAGCUCUUUUACACGCUUCAGUUUAUGUUUUAUUGAAAUUUUUUGGAUAUGUGAGGCGUUGAUAUAUUUUUUUUUUCAGUUGUCUCGUGACAGGCACCCUGAUAUUGCAACUAAUCAUAAGGAUUGAUUGAGUUAUUUUGAUUCAUACAAGUAAAAAUGCCUUCAUGUAUACAGUAUCAGACUAUCGGCAAUGUUCCCUUUGUUUUUGAGUGGCUUGUAAAUGAUCCCUUGUGAAGACAAUCCUCUUUAUUUCCCAAAACUUGCUUUGUUCUUCUUUUCUUGUUUCCUGGUAAUAACUGCAUGUACCUUUACAAAAUACAAAUAUAAUCUCUUACAUGAUUUUCCUGCUCAAAGAA